CUAGAAGAAGCCAUUCUGGAGCUGCAGCAAAUGCCACAGCUAUGAAGAAGAGUCAAGGAAGCUCCUCCUCCUCCGCUUCCUCCUCCUCGUCCAACAAGAGGGUUGCUACACCAGCUAGUGCUAGAAACGCUGGCGAAGAAGCAAAGUCCUCUGCGAAGACAGGAGAUCAGACUAAGAAAAACGACCAGUCUCUGUCACCUCUAGUAGAAAAGCAAGAUGAUGAUGACGACGCUAUGGGCCAGGAUGGUGGACCACACGGAAAGAGCGACAUAGGUGAUGCUGAAUUGCGGCAAAAAGAGAACAAUACUAGUUCUAGUACCACUUCUACAACAUCAGCCAUGAAAAAGAUAGGAAC